AUUCCCAAAAUAGAGUGUAUAUAUUUGCCUGCUUGCAACCGUAUACACUUAUUUUUCAGAAAAAAGGCGUCUUGUACUAGCUAGCAUAUACCCGUUCCCUUAGCGCUGAGGGGAUUGGAGCUCUUCUUCGAUCCGAUUCUUGUCCACCGUUGCAUGAAAGCUUUCGCAGUCUAGCUACUACGUACUUCCUUCUACGUCUUCCUUUGGACGCCGGUUCAUGACGGAUCGUAUGAUGAUUAGUACUGAGCUAGCUAGAAUCGAGUUAUACUCAUUGUACCUGCAGCUAAUUAAGCUGGGUUGUUUUCCUUCACAUAGCUAGAGCCUACAGUAUCAGGAAUAGCAGUAAGGCGCGCGAUGGCACCAUCAGCUUCCCCGGUUCAGGAAGGACUGCAGCAGGCCGCUGAGAGGCAGUUGAUGAGGAACCAGCUCGCUGCAGCCGCGAGGAGCAUCAACUGGACCUAUGCCUUCUUCUGGUCCAUUUCAAGCACUCAACCAGGUCGCAGGGUGCUGACGUGGACAGACGGAUUCUACAACGGCGAGGUGAAGACGAGAAAGAUCUCCAGCUCCGUGGAGCUUACAGCCGACCAGCUCGUCAUGCAAAGAAGCGAGCAGCUCCGGGAGCUGUACGAGGCCCUCCUGUCCGGCGAGUGCGACCGCCGCCCGGCGCCGGUGCGGCCGGUCAGCUCGCUGUCGCCGGAAGACCUCGGGGACACCGAGUGGUACUACGUGGUCUGCAUGACCUACACUUUCCGGCCUGGCCAAGGGUUGCCGGGCAGGAGUUUUGCAAGCAACGAGUAUGUCUGGCUGUGCAACGCGCACCUCGCCGCCAGCAAAGCCUUCCCCCGCGCACUCCUGGCCAAGAGCGCGUCCAUUCAGUCAAUCGUCUGCAUCCCGCUUAUGGGUGGCGUGCUUGAGCUUGGUACAACUGAUACGGUGCCGGAGGACCCUGACUUGAUCAGCCGAGCAACCGCAGCUUUCUGGGAGCCGCAAUGUCCGACAUACUCGGAAUAUCCGAGCACCAACCCUUCAGCAAACGAGACCGGCGAGGCCGCAGAUGACGACGUGGUAGUGUUCGAGGACCUUGAUCCCAAUGCCAUGGACAUGGAGACGAUGACCGCCUUCGGGGGACACGGACAGGAACUAGGAGAAGCCGAGAGCCUGUUCAAUGCAAACCUCAAGUACAUCACGAAGGAGUUCGACGAGUUCUACAGCCUCUGCGAGGAAAUGGACAUGCAACAACUUGAGGAUGAUUGGACCAUGGUGAACGGGUCUAACUUCGAAGAUCCCUCGUCCCUGCAGCCAGCGCCCCCGGGCGCUACUACUGCUAACGUUGCCGACACCUCAAGCACACGCGCUGAUAGCUCUCGCGCGACCAGCUUCAUGGCUUGGACGAGGUCCUCGCAGUCGUACUCUGAUGAAGUGGCGGCAGUGUCGGUCAUCGAAGAGCCGCAAAAAUUGCUGAAGAAAGUGGUGGCCGGCAGCGGAGCUUGGGCGAACUAUGGUGGCAGGGACACGAUAGGAACAUUCCAGCAAAGUGGCAUCAAGAAUCACAUCAUGUCACAGCGAAAGCGCCGGGAGAAGCUCAACGAGAUGUUCCUCAUUCUCAAGUCAUUGGUUCCGUCCGUUCACAAGGUGGACAAAGCAUCGAUCCUCGCCGAAACGAUAGCCUACCUCAAGGAGCUUCAGCGAAGGAUACAAGAGCUGGAGUCCAGUAGGGAACUUACAACGCACCCAUCCGAAACGACAAGAUCAAUAAAGAAAACUCGUGGCAAUGGGAGUGUCAGGAAGAAACCCUAUGCGGGCUCCAAGAGGAAGAGCCCAGAUGACCUGGAGAAAAAGCAUGAGCACCCCUGGAUCCUCCCCAAAGACGGCACCAGCAACAUCACCGUCACUGUCGGGAACACGGACGUCCUACUAGAGGUGCAAUGCCGGUGGGAGGAGCUCCUGAUGACACGGGUGUUUGACGCCAUCAAGAGUCUCCAUUUGGAUGUUCUGUCGGUUCAGGAUUCGGCACCAGAUGGCUUUAUAGGGCUCAAGAUACGAGCUCAGUUUGUUGGCUCCGGUGCUAUCAUGCCUUGGAUGAUCAGCGAGGCUCUUCGCAAAGCUAUAGGGAAGCGAUGAAGGGGCAGUAGUUUGAAUAUCGAUCUACGUGGAAAGCUUCAUGAAUCGAAGCAAAUGUGUAUUCCUUGUGGAAGCCUAUUAUAUUUGUGUAAAAUCUAGUGUACUUUGUGCGAACACGUUGUGGAUAUAUAUUCAUGUGUAAGAAUGAUGAGUGAUUAUCAAGAGAUGACCGAGCUUUGGUUAAGUGUG